GCAGGGAGGCGGCUCACGCGGUGCGGGGGAGCUGUGUCCAUCUGAGCGCCGUGCGCCGCCUGCAGUGCCCACCGAGUCCUGCGGCUGGGGGCGUCCACAGGGUGCGUGGGGCAGGUGGCUGGGCUCGGCGGCAGCUGCGCGAAGCCCCAGGCUGGCUGCUUCGGAAGCCCCCGACGCCAUGGAGGAGUGGGACGUGCCGCAGAUGAAGAAAGAGGUGGAGAGCCUCAAGUACCAGCUGGCCUUCCAGCGGGAGAUGGCAUCCAAGACCAUCCCUGAGCUGCUGAAGUGGAUCGAGGAUGGGAUCCCCAAAGACCCCUUCCUGAACCCCGACCUGAUGAAGAACAACCCAUGGGUGGAAAAGGGCAAAUGCACCAUCCUGUGAGCCCCUCUCCCGGCCCCACUCACGCCGUCCUGUGAGCCCACGCCCAGCCCCACUCACGCCAUCCUGUGAGCCCCGCACCCGGCCCCACUCACGCCGUCCUGUGAGCCCCUCUCCCGGCCCCACUCACGCCGUCCUGUGAGCCCACGCCCAGCCCCACUCACGCCAUCCUGUGAGCCCCGCACCCGGCCCCACUCACGCCGUCCUGUGAGCCCACGCCCGGCCCCACUCACGCCGUCCUGUGAGCCCCUCUCCCGGCCCCACUCACGCCGUCCUGUGAGACCACGCCCAGCCCCACUCACUCUAUCCUGUGAGCCCCUCCCCCAGUCCCACUCGUACCAUCCUGUGAGCCCCUCUCCCAGUCCCACUCGUACCAUCCUGUGAGCCCCUCUCCCAGUCCCACUCACUCCAUCCUGUGAGACCACACCCGGCCCCACUCACUCUAUCCUGUGAGCCCCUCUCCCGGCCCCACUCACUCCAUCCUGUGAGCCCCACUCCCGGCCCCACUCACUCUUAUCCUGUGAGCCCCACUCCCGGCCCCUCACUCCAUCCUGUGAGCCCCUCUCCCGGCCCCACUCACUCCAUCCUGUGAGCCCCACUCCCGGCCCCACUCACUCCAUCCUGUGAGCCCCACUCCCGGCCCCCCUCACUCCAUCCUGUGAGCCCCACUCCCGGCCCCACUCACUCCAUCCUGUGAGCCCCACUCCCGGCCCCACUCACUCCAUCCUGUGAGCCCCACUCCCGGCCCCACUCACUCCAUCCUGUGAGCCCCUCUCCCAGUCCCACUCACUCCAUCCUGUGAGACCACGCCCGGCCCCACUCACUCUAUCCUGUGAGACCACGCCCGGCCCCACUCACUCUAUCCUGUGAGACCACGCUCGGCCCCACUCACUCUAUCCUGUGAGCCCCACUCCCGGCCCCACUCACUCCAUCCUGUGAGCCCCUCUCCCGGCCCCACUCACUCCAUCCUGUGAGCCCCACUCCCGGCCCCACUCACUCUAUCCUGUGAGCCCCACUCCCGGCCCCACUCACUCCAUCCUGUGAGUCCCACUCCCGGCCCCACUCACUCUAUCCUGUGAGCCCCACUCCCGGCCCCACUCACUCUAUCCUGUGAGCCCCACUCCCGGACCCACUCACUCUAUCCUUUGAGCCCCACUCCCGGCCCCACUCCCACCAUCCUGAGUCCCACUCCCGGCCCCACUCACGCCAUCCUGUGAGACCACGCCUGGCCCCACUCACUCUAUCCUGUUAGCCCCACUCCCAGCCCCACUCACUCCAUCCUCUGAGCCCCACACGUGGCCCUACUCACUCCAUCCUGUGAGACGGCACCCAGCCCCACUCACUCUAUCCUGUGAGCCCCUCUCCUGGCCCCACUCGCACCAUCCUGUGAGCCCGACUGCAGUCUGUAAAGGCGUGACUUU